CUUAAGUAUGAGCAGAAGACCACCUAAUGGGUAAUUGCACGUGUUUUUGUAUCAAAAUCUUAACAGCAGACUGUCAUACUUCCCCAGGCCUACAUCUUGAAUGAAUUCCAGGGAUUAUUUUAAAGAUGAACCCUCUAGAGGGAAGAGCUUCCCCUCUUCUAAAAAAGAAAGUGAGCGCCAGGCAUCUCUUCAUUCAUGCAAGGAACAGAAACGAAGGCUUCAAACCAGAACCUCUUGUCGACGUUUGUGUGACCUUUUGCCCUUUGUCAAUGGUCAGUUAGACACAGCAACCACCUUAGAGCUUACUACAAGGUACAUGAGCUACCUGAAGGAAACUCUGCCUCCAGACAUUCUGUCUAAAGUUAAUAAAGCAGUUGAGGCUAAAGUGAGUGGUUCGUGUAAAAACGUACAAAGGCAACAGAAGAAACGAAGAACAUUGAGAACAAAUAAGAAUACUCUGCAGAGAGAAAAGCCAGCUGCUAAGAAGUCAACUGAGGGUCAUGUCUCAAGAAUAUGCACUCGGCCUCCGACAAUGGAUCCAACUCUUCCCCAAACUGACAGCCUGACCACAGUGCAUGCCCCUCCAAUACUGUUGGACAAAUCGUCUGUUCCCCGUGGACAAAUGCUGCCAGUGUGCCAGGAUCAAUUUCUCUCUGCCUCGUUUCAGUCUGUGGAAAAUAACUGGAUCAACCCGGCAUCUGCAUUUGUGAACCCCACUUCAUGUGCUUUCCCACCAGCAAUGAUCAGCCACACUUUUUUAUCUCAGAUGGGACCCCAUCCCUCCUCGUUAUGGGAUGGCACUGCUGUCCUGGUGGACCCUGUUGCUCUCCCAUUAGUGAAUUUUGGCCAAGCCUUCAGCCCACCUGACCAUACGACAGUAACAAACUCCGUCAUACCCCUGGUAGAACAAGGUCAGAUCGAUUCACCGUUGGUCGGCCAAACUGACAGAGUUUCAGCACUAGAUUCUAUAAACCAACCACACGCCCCAUUUUCUAUGUUUCAAUGCACAGCUUCAAGUUCUGAUGACCUGACACCUGAGGCUGGAAAUCAGCCAGUGUCAGAUGUGCUGUGUGACUCAAGACUCCUUCAGGGGAAUGACUUCUGUAGUAGCAGUACUCUUACAGAUAGUCCACAGGAUGUGGUCAGUCCCUUUUGGCUGGAUUUGCUGUUGGAUACCAAUGGUAACAUGUGCUUCCCAGAUGCUAAUCUAGUAAACAUUGUUCUUUCACCAUACACAGGGUCCAACUAACUCUAUGGUUAGACAUGUCACAGAUAUAUGCAUAUUAUAUAUUCAGCAUUAAUUGGCCACAUAUUUGAGAAAUAAAUGUAGAGAUAUUGGUUAACGUGUUCCUUGUUUGUUGGUUUAUAAUGCAUAUGUGAAAGAUAUAGAAAGUUGAUGGUUUUUCUGAGCUAGAGCUGCAUUUUUGCUUGUAGGGGGGUCUAUAUACCGUACAGUAGCUUGGCAUGCAAUACAUGUCUAUAUACUGUAGGUCAUCAUUAUGGCCAACAAAAAUAAUUAGAGCAUAGUGACAAAGCCCAUGAGGUCUGUGUGCAGCAAAGUACAUGGACCUCAAUAAAAUAACUUUUUGAUCACAUAAGUGCUUGCCGAUUUCCCCAUGUUGUUUGAUGGUGGUUCUGCAUCUCUUCAAUUUCUGUCAAUGAAGCAGAUCAGUCAUAUUUUAUUGUAUAGUCCAUUUGACCAUUUUAAAAAGCCAAUGCAUAGAAGUUGAUUUAUGUUACAUAACUGAGAAGCCAUUGCAGGAAUGUUUUUGUCUCAUACAAUGUUUGAGUACUUCUGUCACUUCAGUUAUGAAUAAUAAAUACAAAUAUAGCCAAAGGUAAUAUUUGAAAUGAACUUGUUUGACUAACUUACUUAUUUUCAGGAUUUUUGUUAUUGAAUUUGUAUUAUUCAACUGACUGCACACACUAUCCCAUAACAAUAGAUAACUGUGACAAAUAUGCAUAUCAUUUUAAAUAAGUAAAGUUUAUACUGAAUAUUUAACACUUGGUACAGAGUGAUUAUUACAACCCUGGUUGAACAAGAAAUGUAAAACAUAAUUUGGAAUUUCCUGUUUAUUUGUUAAACCGUUGGUGUGACACUGGAAUUAACAUGUUGUGAAACACACUUCCACUAGAUGGAGGUAUCAGGCUGCUAGAUUUAUGAUACCGUUUUC